AUGACCAAGAGCCCUCGGGCACUCCCCAUGGCCCCGCCACCAGCCAGCACCCUGCCUGGCCCUGCUGCCCUGCCGGAGGAGCCGGGGCCGGAGCUGGAGGGCAGAAGAAGGUUUCUUCAUGCCAACGUCCUGCCUGUGGUCUCCAUCGACUCCAUCCAGGAGGUGAGCGAAGGCCGGCAGUCGGAGAUCUUCCAGCGCUACCCCCAUGGCACCUUCGACCCCAACUGCUGCUUCAGCGUCUACUACGGCGACCACCGGGACUCGCUGGACCUGGUCUCGUCCAGCGGGGACGAGGCCCGCACCUGGGUCACCGGCCUGCGCUACCUCAUGGCCGGCAUCAGUGACGAGGACAGCCUGGCCCGCCGGCAGCGCACCCGGGACCAGUGGCUGAAGCAGACGUUUGACGAGGCGGACAAGAACGGGGAUGGCAGCCUGAGCAUCGGGGAGGUGCUGCAGCUGCUGCACAAGCUGAACGUGAACCUGCCGCGGCAGCGCGUGAAGCAGAUGUUCAAGGAAGCGGACACAGAUGAUCAGCAGGGCACACUGGACUUUGAGGAGUUCUGCGCCUUCUACAAGGUAAUGUCCACGCGCCGAGACCUCUACCUGCUCCUGCUGACCUACAGCAACCACAAGGACCACCUGGACGCCAGUGACCUGCAGCGCUUCCUGGAGGUCGAGCAGAAGAUGACAGGCGUGACCCUUGAGGGCUGCCGGGACAUCAUCGAGCAGUUUGAACCCUGCCCGGACAACAAGAGCAAAGGAGUGCUGGGAAUUGAUGGCUUCACCAACUACACUCGAAGCCCGGCAGGAGACAUCUUCAACCCGGCCCACCACAGCGUGCACCAGGACAUGAGCCUCCCGCUGAGCCACUACUUCAUCACCUCAUCCCACAACACCUACCUCGUGGGUGACCAGCUCAUGUCCCAGUCCCGCGUGGACAUGUACGCCCGGGUCCUGCAGGCCGGCUGCCGCUGCGUGGAGGGUGAGCAGCCGCCACCUCGAGGGGCUGCCGGGCCCUCCCCUGGGGCCUGGGCAGCCUCUUGCCGUGGGCUGGGCCAUGAGAAGCCGGUCAGGGGCUCCCCGCAGUGUAAUCGCUGGGCUCGCGCCCUCUCUGUUGAGGUCAUGCUCUGUAAAAGAACCAUGGUUGUCUGGGGGUACCCGGUGAUUCUGUCCAUCGAGAACCACUGCAGUGUUGUCCAGCAGAAGAAGAUGGCCCAGUACCUGACUGACAUCCUCGGGGACAAGCUGGACCUGUCGUCCGUGAGCGGAGAGGACUUCACCCAGCUUCCCUCUCCAGAGAUGCUCAAGGGCAAGAUCCUGGUUAAGGGGAAGAAGCUCCCGGCCACCAUCAGCGAGGACGCCGAGGAGGGCGAGGUGUCUGACGAGGACAGCGCUGACGAGAUGGAGGAUGACUGCAAGCUCCUCAAUGGGGACGCCUCCACCAACAGGAAGCACGUGGAAAACAUUGCAAAGAGGAAGCUGGAUUCCCUUAUCAAGGAGUCCAGGAUCCGGGACUGCGAAGACCCCAAUGACUUCUCCAUGUCGACACUGUCCCCGGCUUGGAAGCACAGGGCCGAGGGCAGGAAGGGCAAAGCUGAGGAGGACGUGGACUCCGGGGAGGAUGCUGGAGCUGGUCGGCGCAACAGCCGGCUCCUUGUGCACAGCUUCUCCAAGCGAAAGAAAAAGGGCAGCAAGCUAAAGAAGGUGGCCAGUGUGGAAGAGGGAGCCGAGGACCCGGACCCCCAAGGAAGCCAGAGCCGAGGGGCGAGCCGGCAGAAGAAGACCAUGCAGCUGUCUCGGGCUCUGUCGGACCUCGUGAAGUACACCAAGUCUGUGGGCACCCACGACGUGGACACCGAGGUGGCGUCCAGCUGGCAGGUGUCGUCCUUCAGCGAGACCAAGGCGCACCAGGUCCUGCAGCAGAAGCCGGCCCAGUUCCUGCGCUUCAACCAGCACCAGCUCUCCCGCAUCUACCCCUCCUCCUACCGGGUCGACUCCAGCAACUACAACCCCCAGCCCUUCUGGAAUGCCGGCUGCCAGAUGGUGGCCCUAAACUACCAGUCAGAGGGGCGCAUGCUGCAGCUGAACCGCGCCAAGUUCAGCGCCAACGGGAACUGCGGCUACGCUCUCAAGCCUGCGUGCAUGUGCCAGGGCACCUUCAACCCCAACUCUGAGGACCCGCUGCCUGGGCAGCUGAAGAAGCAACUGGUGCUGCGGAUCAUCAGCGGGCAGCAGCUCCCCAAGCCCCGGGACUCCAUGCUGGGCGACCGUGGAGAGAUCAUCGACCCCUUUGUGGAGGUGGAGAUCAUUGGGCUCCCCGUGGACUGCAGCAAGGAGCAGACCCGAGUGGUGGACGACAACGGAUUUAACCCGAUGUGGGAGGAGACCCUCGUGUUCCUGGUACACAUGCCUGAGAUGGCACUCGUCCGCUUCCUGGUGUGGGACCACGAUCCUAUCGGGCGGGACUUCAUCGGUCAGAGGACGCUGGCCUUCGGCAGCAUGAUGCCAGGUUAUCGGCACGUGUACCUGGAAGGCAUGGAACAGGCCUCCAUCUUUGUCCAUGUGGCCAUCAGUGAUGUCAGUGGUAAGGUCAAACAGGCUCUGGGUUUAAAAGGCCUGUUCCUCCGCGGCCCAAAGCCCGGUUCGCUGGACAGUCAUGCUGCUGGGCGACCGCCGCCCCGACCCUCCGUUAGUCAGCGGCUCCUGCGGCGUACAGCCAGCGCGCCCACCAAGAGCCACACACCAGGCCGCAAGGGCUUGCCGGAGCUGGCCAUCGGCACACAGGACGUGGGCUUAGAGGGGGCGGCCGACGACGUGGCGCCUCCCGGCCCCGCCCCGGGGGCCGCGUCCCACGAGGGGCCCGGCAGUGCCAGUCCCCGUGGAGGUAAGGGGCUGGCCCCCGUGGCGGUGACAAGGAGCCCCGCCCUGGUGCUGGCCCCGCGUGGCCCCGACGGCCCUGGGCCGGCAGGCAUGGCCGCCGCGUGCAUGAAGUGUAUGGCGGCCUCUUGUGCCGGCGUGGACCCCGAGGGCUUGCUCAGGGAGCGGCCGCCCAGCCCGGGGCCCGCGGGUGCCCACUCAGCCAUCAGUCAGCAGCCCCGGGGCCGGGCAGAGGCUCUGGGGGUUCCCCGUGGCAGCCUGGGCCCCCGAGCCUCAGGGACUGUGCCUGGAAAAGGCAGAGAGACCUCUGAUGGCCGGGGGGCCCAGCGCCAGCGGCCAGGUGGUGGCGGCUCAGUAUCCUCGGGCUCCAGCAGCCCGGACAGCUGUGGCAGUCCCGAGGAAGCCCCCCGCUGGCCCGAGGGCACUCGCAGGCCACGAGGGGCCCUGCAGCGGGAGAUGAACGCCCUGUUCAUUCAAAAGCUGGAGGAGAUUAGGAGUAAAUCCCCCAUGUUCUCAGCCGCGUGUCCCACUUGCCCCCUGGCCCUGGGCCUCCUUCCCACCCUCCUGUCCUACCUGAAGGGCCCUGACGCUCCUGGAGCAGAGCAGGGGGGCCUGGGCAGCAUGUUAGGAACUGACGGCAGUCGAGCGCCAGACGCCCGGCCCCCGUCCAUGCAGAGGUCUGUGUCCUCUCUGUGCGGCCUGGAGACCAUUGCUGAGGAGCCGGCCGCUGGCCUGCCACUGCCACCUCCAGCCACCCCCGCCUGCCCGCCCUGGGAGGGGCCCACGAGCUCUGAAGGACCUGGGGCCAGAGCUCUGGCAGGCCCCCUCGGGGUGGCUCUCAGAGCUUCUGAGGCCCCCGAGCAGGGCCUCGGGGACACUGAGACAACCCCUGACAGCAGGCGGUCGGUGUGCCACAGCGGGGGCCCUGGGGGAACUUCUGAGGGGGCUACUGGCAGCCUGGUGGGCUGCAGGGGCCAACCCCGGACCCUGGGCCAGCUGCCCCUUGUCAGAAGGGCCAAGAGCGAGGGGCAGGUGCCAGCCGAGGCAGUGGGUGGGAGGCGGCCCCCGGCCGGGCCCUCGCCGACCCCGGCCGUGUACUCUGAUGCCACGGGUGGCGACCGACUGUGGCAGCGCCUGGAGCCUGGCGCCCACCGCGACAGCGUAUCCUCGUCCUCCAGCAUGUCGUCCAGUGACACGGUCAUCGACCUCUCCCUGUCCAGCCUGGGCCUGGCCGGGACCCCUGCUGGCCGCCUGCCCCCCAGGCCCUGUGCUGCCUGCCCAGGACUGCCCCCAGUGACCAAGAGCAAGUCCAACCCCAACCUGCGUGCUGCCGGGCAGCUGCCCUCUGCCCUGGACGAGCUCCGGCCCCGACCCCUGGCCCCACGGCCGCACAGGUCCCCAUUGGGCCCCCAACCCUGGCCGCCCUGGCGCCGCCUCUCCCUGGUGGGCCUCCAGGACUGCCCCGCGGCCGCCAAGUCCAAGAGUCUGGGGGACCUGACCGCAGAUGACUUCGUGCCCAGCUUUGAAAGCAGACCCCGCAGCCCAGGCAGAGGCCUGCGCCCCCGGGGAAAGCCGCAGCCUGAUGCCCUGACAGAGCAGCUGCGCUGGCUGACCGGCUUCCAGCAGGCUGGGGACAUCACAUCGCCCACCAGCCUGGGCCCCACCGGGGAGGGCACGGUGGCGGCAGCAGUGGCACCCGGCUUCCUGCGCCGCUCCUCAUCCCGGAGCCAGAGCCGCGUGCGCGCCAUCGCCAGUCGUGCCCGCCAGGCCCAGGAGAGGCAGCAGCGGCUGCAGGGCCUGGGCGCACGGGGCCCUCCUGAGGAGCGUGGCACCCCUGAAGGUGCCUGCUCCGUGAGCCGGGAGGGCUGGGGGGAUACACUAUCCCCUGCCAAGGGGGCCCCCGGUCAGGUAUGUGGAGCUGACACUGGCACGCUCUUGCUUGGACACUGACCACUGCCCUGUCUGUGCCCUCCAGGCCCAAGCAGCGGGGCCUGUUUGCUCAGGAAAUGGGGCAUCUGUCAUGGUGCCCAGGGCUGGCCCGUAUGCUGAGUGUGCCAGCAGCUGCCGGCUGUGCUGGCGGGGGACCCUGCUCCUGCCCCCGCAGAAAGGGCUGAAGCUGGCCUGCCCCUUGGCACUGUGGUUUCAGAUGUGUACAGAGAUAUUUAAGUUUUUAGAGACAAAGCACUGAGAGAAACCCAAGCCCUUUCCCCUUUUGCACCUGGGAUUUGAGCCCGUGGGUGGGAGUGUGCUGUGGGGGGUGGGGGGCUGAGCCCUGGCAAGGCUUGGGUGGCACAUGUUCCGCCUGAGGCUGCGCUUGGCAUGUCUGACCCCCCGGUUGUCUGGUUCUGGACGACUGUCUUUGUAACUUGGAACACCACUCCAAUAAAUACCUUCUCGUUUGUC